AUGCUCGACGGUUCCAUCAUCCCUGUGGCGAUUCCCGCCAUCACCUCUCAGUUCGACUCGCUGCUCGAUAUUGGCUGGUAUGGCGGAGCGUAUCAGCUAGCCAGCUCGGCCGUCCAGCCUCCCAGCGGCAAAAUCUACACCUACUUCAGUACGAAGUGGUCUUUCCUCGCCUUCUUUGCCGUCUUUGAGCUAAGCUCAGCGCUCUGUGGUGCCGCACAGUCAUCCAACAUUCUCAUCGUCGGUCGUGCCAUCGCCGGUCCCGGAUCAUCCGUCCUGAUGAACGGCGCUCUGACGAUCAUUGCGGCCAUCCUUCCCUCCCAUGGGCAGCCAACCGUCAUGGGCGUGAACGUUGGCUUGGGACAGAUUGGUAUUGCGUGUGGCCCGCUCAUCGGCGGCGCCUUCACACAGUACGUGUCGUGGCGCUUUGAUAUCAAUCUCCCCUUAGGAGCAGUGGUUGCGGGUCUUCUCCUGUUCGUGACCAUUCCCGAGUCCCAAUACAAGACCCCCGUCAGCGAGGUCUUCCGCACAGCGGUGAAUUCCCUCGAUCUCCCGGGCUUCGUCUUGACCGCUCCUGCGGCGAUCAUGUUCUUCCUGGCAUUGAAAUGGGGUGGAAAUCAGCACCCGUGGGAUAGCUCUGCGGUCAUUGGCCUCUUUAUCGGAGCGGACGUGACUUUCAUCAUUAUUCUCCUGUGGGAACGUCGGCGCGGUGACGGCGCCAUGGUCCCCUUUGUCCUCGGCAUUCGAAGUGAACAGCAAGAAGAGCAAGAAGAAGAUGAAGAGGAUGAAGAGUAG